UUACAUCCAUGGUAAAGGUUAGCUAACCAUUAGCAGCCUGAGAGUCCAUAUCUGUCGCCGGAGUGUCUCAAACACCUGGUUUUAGAGACUUAGAGGGAACUAAACCUGUGAUUUAGAGAUGGCUGGGGGGUCUGGGAAAGAGGAUUUGUUUGACAAUAUUCUCAUGGCGGAUGAAAAGUUCCGCGGUGAGGGUUUCCGGGAGGGUUAUGAGAGAGGGACCCGCCGUGGGUUCCAGAAUGGGCGCAGACACGGAGCCUCCCACGGAGCCAAGCUGUCCACAGAGGUUUCAUUUUAUUAUGGGUUUGCCACAACUUGGAAUUGCCUCCUACAUAAUAAUACGGAUCCCAAAUCAAGAAAACGUGUGAAAGCACUGGAGACUCUCCUGGAUUUGAUCCAGAACUGUCCUUUAGAUGAUCCACAGUCUACAAAGCUACAGGACGACAUGGAGAAGCUUCGAUCCAAGUUCAGACAGAUCUGCUCCAUGUUGAAUGUACCGACUGACUUUAGGGAUUAUGUGAAAACCGCUGAGGGGACCUCUUUCUGAAACUGUCUUCAUCAUGAGGAUGAGCUGAGUCGAGUCCUGUGUGAACAGGACAGAGUGUCAGAGCUGCGACAGGGCUGCCCGUCAACCCCAUGAGCAGCGGCUGGUGAUUGGUCUGCGGUGGAGUGUGAAGCAGUGACUGCCAUUUUGAGAAAGUUAUAUUCUUUCUUCACAUUAUGGUUGGACAUCCUGUCAUGAAAUGUCACCUGAGAAGCUGAAAGAGGUUACAGGCCUCAUUACAGUAUAGGAGGAGAGAACUGUGGUCACUGUUUAGAUGAGUGUGGAUCUGAGCCAAAUGGAGCUGUCAGGACGGACUGAUUUAAUUAUUAACAAGCCAGAAACAAUGGAAAGUACAAACUUGUGUUUCUCUACAAGUGGAUUGAGUGAGUGAUAAGUAAUAAAUGGACUGUUUGCAAUUUUGA